CCUGUCUGUGCUUCAAUGCCCCUCACACGGGGAACGACGUCCGCCAGUGGGAAGCCCUGCUGUGGCCCGGGCUGCCAGCUCCCCUUGCCCGGGACACCUGGAGGUGGGAUCCCGGGGCGCCCACGCUCGGCGAGCCCAGGCCCGGCGCUGGAGCCCCGAGGGCCGCAGAGCCAAGGUGCCCUUGAGCCGGCGCGGGCGGCCUGGGAAGGCGCAGGGCGAGGACAGAGGCGCGGGGGGCGGACCGGGCCUGACGCAACCGCGAGUGCCGGGACCAGUGGCGCGGGGGGCGGGUCCCGCAGGCUCCUCCCCGAGGCGAGGCUGGUGCGGGCAGGGCCGCUGGGAGCGCAGCCAGAGCCGACCGCGAGCCACCGAGCCGGAGCCGAGCGCCCAGUUUUUCCAGGGCUACCAGCUGAAGAGCUCCUGUGGGAUCCCAGCCCCACCACCAUGGGCAGCCCUGAGGGCCGCUUCCACUUUGCCAUCGACCGUGGGGGUACCUUCACAGACGUCUUUGCCCAGUGCCCAGGGGGUCAGGUGCGGGUCUUAAAACUGCUCUCAGAAGACCCUGCCAACUAUGCAGAUGCACCAACUGAAGGGAUCCGCCGCAUUCUGGAGCAGGAGGCCGGCAUGCUCCUGCCCCGGGACCGGCCGCUGGACUCCAGUCAUAUCGCCAGUAUCCGCAUGGGCACCACAGUGGCCACCAAUGCACUGCUGGAGCGGAAGGGGGAACGGGUGGCGCUGCUGGUGACACGUGGCUUCCGAGACCUGCUGCACAUUGGCACCCAAGCCCGCGGGGACCUCUUUGACCUGACUGUGCCCAUGCCCGAGGUGCUGUAUGAAGAGGUGCUGGAGGUGGACGAACGCGUGGUGCUGCACCGUGGAGAGGCAGGCACCGGGACGCCUGUCAAGGGCCGCACGGGGGACCUGCUGGACGUGCAGCAGCCUGUGGACCUGGGGACCCUGCGUGGAAAGCUGGAGGGGCUGCUGUCUCGAGGCAUCCGCAGCCUGGCCGUGGUGCUCAUGCAUUCGUACACGUGGGCCCAGCACGAGCAGCAGGUGGGUGCGCUGGCCCGGGAGCUGGGCUUCUCGCACGUGUCACUGUCCUCGGAGGCCAUGCCCAUGGUGCGCAUCGUCCCUCGGGGGCACACGGCCUGUGCCGAUGCCUACCUCACACCCGCCAUCCAACGCUACGUCCAGGGCUUCCGCCGUGGCUUCCAGGGCCAACUUAAGGACGUGCAGGUGUUGUUCAUGCGCUCUGAUGGCGGCCUGGCGCCCAUGGACGCCUUCGGCGGCUCCCGUGCUGUGCUCUCGGCCCGGCCGGCGGUGUGGUGGGCUACUCAGCAACCACGUACCAGCAGGAGGGUGGCCAGCCUGUCAUCGGCUUUGACAUGGGAGGCACGUCCACGGAUGUGAGCCGCUACGCUGGGGAGUUCGAGCAUGUCUUUGAGGCCACCACAGCUGGCGUCACCCUUCAGGCCCCGCAGCUGGACAUCAACACCGUGGCAGCGGG